AAGACUUGCCUUCUCCAUGGUGCGUGUGUGUGUGUGUGGUGCGGCAGUCGUUCAUUAGAUCACCUACUGCUCCCUAUCGUCCAUAUCCGGUACUGACAGCCUGUGUGUUUUUUUUUUUUACCAGUCACAGCGACAAAAUUUACUUUGUUUGUUUGUGUGUUUGUUUGUUUGUUUCUGCAGACCUAUCUCACUUAUCCAUGUUCAGUUAUUAUACAGCCAUAGAUUUAACACCUACCCCUGCGUCAUCUCACCACGCUGACCAUAGUGUCAGUUUGUGGUGCUGCUCCAGCUCAAGAGGAAGUGCUGCUCUGCUUUGCCCUGAUCUCCUUCUCCCCUAAACCCCGCCUCCCCUCGGACGGAUAUUCCACUGAUUGGUUAAUACGCCUCCAGUGACAGCAGGCGGCGAGUCUCUCCAUUGGCUGAGAGCAGCUCCCGCACCGAGUGACAUGCAAAUCCAGAGGUCUGCCGGUAAAAGCCUGGCGCUGUGUGCCGUGAGCUCUAUUCAUGUAGCGGGGAAAGGGGAGAGACUUAACCGGGGCGCAGAGAGACGGAGCGGCUUGUUUGUAACGGUGCACUCAGUGUAGGCCGUUACAGUCAGAACAGUAGGUCAGAUUUACGCACGGCUUUCCUCCGUGUUUUGCCACUUUCCUUCCACUUUUGAUGACAAACGCGCGGAGGCUUCAUUUCAUCUGCGAGGAGACACAAUUAAGGAGCUUUGAAGACUUUCUCAGAGUGACUUUUGAUCGCCGCAUAAGUGUUGGAAACCUACUUUGGACGUUUGGCUUUUACGCACGAAGGCUGAAAUCCGCCGGCGCACCUGGACGACAUCUUUUUUUUUUAUGGGCAGAUAAGAAGUCAAGAAGCUAUAGACAAAUACCCACACACGAGUCUGCUGCUUGUGCCGUAAACAGGACGCAACCGGGAGGUUUAUAUUGCGGAUCGGGGAAGUUGGGUGUCUGUGGACGCACUGUGGCGCACAAAUGGUGUUUCUGUGGGACGCGAAAUACGACCCAGCCCCUGGCCGGCGUUACACCCCACCUUCAACUACCCUGGCCUCAGGGGGGAAGAUGGCCGAGGCUCUGCCUCUGGGCGCCCAGGAGGCCGGAGGUGGGGCGGCUCUGGUGGGCAAACUGCGCAUGGCCGACCGCGGCAUGGUGGAGGUGAUCUCAGACCACCCAGGUGAGCUGGUGAAGACGGACAGUCCCAAUUUCCUCUGCUCGGUGCUGCCCACACACUGGAGGUGUAACAAGACCUUGCCCAUUGCUUUCAAGGUGGUUGCCCUGGGCGACAUCCCUGACGGCACCCUGGUAACAGUGAUGGCGGGAAACGAUGAGAACUACUCGGCUGAGCUUCGCAACGCCACGGCCGCCAUCAAGAACCAAGUGGCCAGGUUCAACGACCUGCGCUUUGUUGGCCGCAGCGGAAGAGGGAAGAGCUUCACUCUCACCAUCACAGUGUUCACCAACCCUCCUCAGGUGGCCACAUACCAGAGAGCCAUUAAAAUCACAGUUGAUGGGCCCAGAGAGCCACGGCACUCCAGACAGAUGCAGUCGUCUCCAUCUUGGUCCUACGACCAAUCAUACCCUUACCUUGGCCAGAUAACCACACCCUCCGUCCACACAGCCAACCCCCUCUCGCCAGGUCGAUCUACGCUCGGUGACCUUUCCUCACGACUCACAGGUCCUGACCUCACAGCCUUUGGCGACCCCAGGAUGACUUUAGAGCGACCUUUCACCUCCCUCCCCUCCUUGCCUGACUCCCGCUUCUCAGACCCCCGUGUCCACUACCCUCCGACGGCGGGCGCCUUCACCUACGCCCCCUCACACAACGCCGUCUCCAACAGCGCCCUUGGAAUCACCAUGGCAACCGCCAUGGCGACCACUCCAGCGGGGAGGUACCACACCUAUCUGCCACCCCCCUACCCGGCAAACAACCCCCACCAGGCUCAGAACGGGCCCUUCCAGUCCACCUCCUCACCGUAUCACCUGUACUACUCCACCGCUGCCGGCUCGUACCAGUUCUCCAUGAUGGCAGGGGGAGGAGGCAGCAGUGACUCCCGCUCCCCGCCGAGGAUCUUGCCACCAUGCACUAACGCCUCCACGGGCUCCUCCCUUCUUCACCCGUCUUUGCCCAAUCAGAAUGAAAUAGUGGGCGUGGAGGUGGAGUCCAGCCACAGUAGCUCCCCGACUAACAUGGCGGCUGCUGAAGCUGUCUGGAGACCUUACUGAACCGGCAUGGGUGGUUGAAGGCGACGACAGACAUCAGACAACACUGGACAGAUUAAUACACACCGAUCCAAAAGAUAUGAGGGGCCAUAAGUCGAUGUAACGUCAAAGAUAACGCUCAAACAUGGCGAGUUGGAAAUAAAGGAACAUUUUGCCCAGUGCCACAGUCACUGAGUGUUUCAAACAGCAAUGGCGGAAGACGAUUACCAGGCUGAAGAUACACUCAUGAUACUUUUUGGUAGAUGCGUUCACUGUUGGUUUGAGUCUUCACAUGGGACCUUCGACAAUACUGACAGACUUAUCCUUCAAGAGACUCCCUGUAAGAUAGACGAACUCAAACUUGUACGUGUACCGUAUUGUAUAUUGCCCCUAGAUUUUCUUCUAGACUCAUCAGCAGUGAGCAUGGAGGAAACUCAGUGGUUGCGACUCCCAGUGAGCGGCAGUAUUGGUCGUCACCUUCCCGAAGUAAUACUUGGGAAACUGCUUCCUAGGAAUUUUAUUUCUGGAGAAACCAUCUGACUAGACUGGCUGGCAGGUGCAUUGUUCAACAGGGUUUUUAAUAAAUGAAGGAACCAAAUAUGGACCGAUGAACGGAAAGAAGCAGGGUAACAUUUUAGUUUUACACUGACAAAGUGCAUGCAGCAGCACCCGACUGAUCUCAACUCAGCUUCCUUUAUAAGACAAGACUUCUUCCUCUUCGAUCUUGUUAAUGUUUUUGUACAGAUGAUUUGCUUAUGCCGCAUAGUGUAACAGCCUGUUUGUGUUGACCUCUGUCAUUGUUUCUACUCAUUCUUGGUUGACUUUUUUUGUUUUAGAAAAACUGAGCCUAUCAUCUCUGACUUUACAUUUGUUGAUUAUGGCAACCAGUGGGGAUCAGUUUUCCAUUUGCUCACCACACUGACAAACCAGUGCCGCAUGGAGUUUUGUUAAAUGCUUUUAUUUAUUCCGACAAUAACAUUUUGUAGUAGCAUUUCAUGUGUGUGUGUGAGUGCGUGUGCGAUUCACUGUCAAUUUUUACUGUAUAUAAAUCUGGCUGUAAAUGACAACUGCGUUUGAUCACGUUUUCAUCGCCCCUUCCUCUCUCUCUCUCUCUCUCUCUCACACUCACUCACAUUCACUCACACUCACUCACACACACACACAAUCAUUUUGUUUUGACAUUGUUGACAGCGCACAUUUAGAUUUGAUUUAGAUAAAGGGGAAAAAACGGGAAAAAUA